AUGGCGUUCAUGCUCCGGCGACCCUUCGCCCUCACGUCUGCUCUGAAGCAGGCGCCCAAAGCCUCUUCAGCCACCAUCCGCGCAUUCCACAACACGCCGCUCAAGUCCGCACCCAAGAGCUUCUUCACCGCAAGGACCGCUGCGCCCUCGCUCGCCGAGUCGAACAAUGUCUUCCGCAACACCUUCCGUGCUUUCCGCCGCAACUAUUCGCAGCAGUCCGCCACCACUUCGAACCCUGAAUUUAGGCAGCGCUUGAUCUAUGGCGCCGGUAUUUUCGGAGGAACUCUUCUGGCUAUCAACCUCAUCUUCAACCGUGAGACCCGCGAAGAUGGCGGCAUGCCGCCCCACGAGCGCAGCUACCUGAACGACACUUUCCUGCACACUGGCCUCGGCGUUGGUAUCAUUGCUCUGGCGGCUCGCACUCUGCACUUCAAUGGAUGGAGCUACAGGCUCAUGUCUGCGAACCCUUGGCUUGUUCUUGGCCUUGGCCUCGUGGGGUCUGUCGGCUCCAUGUACGGCUGCAUGGCUACUCGCCCGGAUAACUACGUCCAGAAGUACGCUCUGUGGGGUCUCUUUAACCUGACCCAGGCCGCUCUCCUCUCGCCGCUUAUGUUCAUGCACCCCGCCCUGCUCGCUCGCGCUGGUCUCUACACCGUCGGUAUGAUGGGCUCCAUCGCUUUCGUCGGCGCGACUGCCAAGCAGGAGAAGUACCUCUACCUCGGUGGUCCUCUCCUCGCUGGCGUCGCCAUUGUUGCUCUCUCCGGUCUCGCUCCCAUGGUCCUGCCUGCCACUGCUGCCCGCACCCUCAUGUGGACCGAGAAUAUCUGGCUCUACGGUGGUCUUGCCGUCUUCGGUGGCUUCACCCUGUACGACGUCCAAAAGGUCCUGCACCAUGCCCGCCUGUCCGAGCGCGGCCUGAUGCAGCGUGAUGCCGUCAACGAGUCCAUCAGCCUUGAGCUUGACUUCAUUAACAUCUUCGUCCGCAUGGUCCAGAUUUUGGGCAUGCAGCAGAGAAGGAAAUAA